UCCUUUUACAAUGAGUACUCCCAUAGCAGACAAAAUGUCGAAAGAAAAUGUGCCACCUGAGUCAGAUUCAAAAGUUAAAGAAUUGUUCAAGAUACGCGAUCCUGGUGCUCGCAAACUGGAUUCAACAUCACUAUUUCGAACUGUAAACUUUGAGCUUUAUGCACGUCCUAACAAGUUUGUGAUGUUUACGGGCUUGGCAACAUUUCUUACCUGUGUGGGCUACAUGUUUUACAUGAAGCAAGCUGAUGAGAAAAACAACACCUAUGCUGCUAUGAAUCCAGACGGAACAUUGUCAACAAGAAAGCGGACGUCCAGAUGGGAUUGAUUGUUUCUGUUGCUUGUUAUAAAAGCAAAACAAUAAUGAACAGUGAUGGAACAUAUUUUUUGUUUCAGUCAUGUUGCUGUGGAUGCAUUUUGCAACUAGCAGUCAGCCAACUUUCUAUAUGCUGUACAUAGUCAUGUUAUACAAGACAUAAUUUGAAAUGAAUGUGUAUGGAUGUAACUUUUAAGGCUAUUCUUUAAAGUCUUUAAUGGUUUACAAUUAAUGAGUAAAACAUGAAGGUCCUGUGAUGUGUGCUUGUAGAUUCUUUUACAAUGUUGAUAAUGUUUGUAUAUUUCUUAGUAAAUGGAUGAAAUGAUA